UAUUGCACCCUCUUUAGAGGGGCCAUCGGUGCAACAACGCUCGGACCCCCAAGUAAUGCGCGCUGCGAAUCGGCAAAAAAUCGCCUAGCCGUAACGACCACCUGCUGGGCCUACUUCGUACAGGAUACAGUCGCAUCGAAAUUUCGGGAGCCAGUCUCUUGAGCUUUUGACGCAACUUCCCAGCCGACCCCACGGUCAAUUGCGCUUGCCCUUCCCUUCUACCUCCUCCUCCGUCUUUAGCGAGCUCGGGUUCUGCCUGGUUCCCCUUUGCAUUCCAUCCGAACAACGUUAGCCGAUACCGGAUACUCGACAAGAUGGGAAUCAUCGAGGAUGAGGUCAAGCGCCUCCAGGGCGUCAUCAACAGACUGGAGAACCGGGUGCAAGCCCUAGAAGAGAGGCAGUUUGGUGGAGGCCAGAAGAAGACGGCAGAGGAGGUCCGCAUGAUCCUCAUCGGCCCUCCCGGCGCUGGAAAGGGGACGCAAGCACCUAAGAUCAAGGAGAAGUUCCGCUGCUGUCAUCUGGCAACGGGUGACAUGCUGCGAUCCCAGGUCGCCAAGAAGACCACCCUCGGCCGAGAAGCCAAGAAGAUCAUGGAUGCGGGCGGUUUGGUCAGUGAUGACAUCGUCAUUGGCAUGAUCAAGGAGGAGCUGGACAACAACAAGGAGUGCCAGGGCGGUUUCAUCCUCGACGGCUUCCCGCGUACCGUCCCCCAAGCCGAGGGCUUGGACAAGAUGCUGCGGGAUCGCAACCAGGCCCUGCAGCACGCCGUCGAGCUGAAGAUCGACGACGAGCUGCUGGUUUCGCGCAUCACGGGUCGUCUGAUCCACCCCGCCAGCGGACGUAGCUAUCACACCACCUUCAACCCGCCCAAGAAGGCCAUGACGGACGAUAUCACGGGCGAGCCGCUGAUCCAGCGCAGCGACGACAACGCCGAGGCCCUCAAGAAGCGCCUGGUGACCUACCACAAGCAGACCGGCCCCGUGGUUGACUACUACAAGAAGACGGGUAUCUGGAAGGCUGUUGACGCUGCCCAGGAGCCCAACCAGGUCUGGAAACAACUGUUAGCCAUCUUCGACGGCGACAAGGCCAAGGCCGGCAAGGCUGGCAGCGGCAUCCUCAGCAAGCUCGCGCCCAGCUCGUAGAUCGGCGGCGUGGGUCCGGACGGGGUCGGGAAUGGGAACGGAGUUGGUAUGGGAAAGAAGGGCAAGUAUCCGAAGCUUGAUGAGCUCGACUUGCUGCUGUAGUUCAGCCGCGGUUAGUGGGGGAUGGUAGGUGUUCUUCCGGAGGUUUUGUUCGUCCCUGAUAUGGGGACCUUGGGAAGAGGGAAUCAGCUCCGGUUACCCAAUACUUCUAUCCUGUCGCCCAACGCUUUAUGAUCAAGAAACUUCUUAGGGGUUGGUCCAAAGGAGUCAUGGAAAACGGCGUAUACCCAGCGCGGGUGUCGGGCAAGGUUCUCCGGAGCGGCUGGAGAGCUCCAUGAUUAGAGCACUGUACUUAACCACAUUGUAGAAAAGCUUUAUGCCUUACGCUGCUGCAUACACA